ACUACAUCCAUCACUUGCUGUUGGUUGCCACAGUGAUUUGGACUUGAAAGCGCCCAUCUUUUCAUGUCUAUUGACAUUGAUUGUUGAUACAUCACUUGGCUUGUUGAUGUCCUCUUUGAAUCAAUCUCUCUUUCCAUACGACUCUUCGUCCUCGACUCUUUCUUCAUCUGUGUCAACCACUGUGCUCAACCUCAACAUAAGCUUUUCUAAGUUUUAACUUACCCAUCACACAUUCACAUUCACUCUCGCACACACAAACAUGAGUUCAGUUGUACCUCAAGUUUCCAAGAACAAGGCAAUGUGGCUGCAUCCAAAGGUUUUGGGUUUUAAUCCUUCUGAAAGAUGGGGGCACUCUGCUUGCUUCUCCAAUAGCCUUAUGUAUGUCUUUGGGGGGUGUUGUGGGGGACUGCAUUUUUGCGAUGUUCUCACUUUGGACCUUAACAAAAUGGUUUGGAGCAAGCUUACUACCACGGGUGAAAAGCCAGGGCCUAGAGAUAGCCAUAGUGCUGUUCUUGUGGGGCAUAAAAUGAUAGUGUUUGGUGGUACAAAUGGCUUUAAGAAGGUGAAUCAUGUUCAUAUACUUGAUCUUGUUACCAAAGAGUGGGUUAGACCUGAGGUUAAAGGGACUCCUCCAUCCCCACGUGAAAGCCAUACUGCCACGCUCGUUGGUGAUGAGAGGAUAGUGAUAUUUGGUGGUAGUGGAGAAGGUCAUGCUAACUAUUUAAAUGAUUUACAUAUUCUUGAUCUUCGAACCAUGAGUUGGACCUCCCCUGAGUUGAAAGGUGAUUUGCCUGUCCCUAGGGACAGUCACAGUACUCUUGCAAUUGGAGACAAGCUUAUUGUGUAUGGUGGAGACUCUGGUGAUCAGUAUCAUGGCAAUGUUCACAUGCUUGAUAUGGCAACAAUGACUUGGUCUAGAUUGACAAUUCAAGGUUCUCCACCGGGGGUCAGGGCUGGUCAUGCUGCAGUGAACAUUGGAACAAAGGUUUAUAUCAUUGGAGGAGUUGGAGAUAAACGUUACUAUAAUGACGUUUGGAUCUUUGAUAUCUGCAAUUUUUCGUGGACUCAACUUGAUAUACCUUUUCAACAGCCACAAGGGCGAUUUUCUCAUACAGCUGUUGUUGCAGGCAUUGAUAUUGUAAUAUAUGGAGGUUGUGGGGAAGAUGAACGGCCUCUCAAAGAAUUGUUAGUGUUGCAGCUUGGAGCAGAGCAUCCAAAUGGGCGUUACUAUAUUCACAUGUGCAAACCUUUUGGAACUUAUAUAACUCGAGAAAAUAAAAUUAUCCCAGGAGAAGCAGAUACCAACUCGAAACUUGUGAGGAAUAAUGUGGAAGCUUUCGGAAAAGGAGCUUAUGAAGUUGCAUCCGAAAAAGCACUCCCUUGUCUCUUUGACUCAGGUGCUUCACGACAGAAGAGGAGGAGAAUUGCUGCUUCAAAGGUGUGGGAUGUUGAAUCAGAACAAGAAGAAAAGUUUCUUUCAUUGUCCCUUCAUUCAUCUCCAUACCAAUCCGAUCAAGAACAGACCCCAACUCAAAAAACAAAUACGUUAUUUCCAACCACUUGCCAACACGACAAUGACUCAGAUGAUAAGAGAACCCCCCUUAAAACUCCACGUGAUUUUCAUUUCCGAGAACAUAAACUAAAGCAACAACAAUCUCUUUAUGUUCACGAGGAUAGAAAGAGAGCUCAACAUCAGGCUGCAGAGCAGAAAGCCAUGGGGCGAGGACCCAUUCAACACAUGAUUGGUGCCGAAGUUCGUGGGAGAGUUAAUGGAGCUUUUGACUCAGGAGCACUCUCUCCUGUGAAUGGAAAGGUUUUCAGGGGAGUCAUAUUUGCACCUGGAACAGGAAUUGUCUCAAAGAACCAUGCCACGUUUCGCGGCAAACCCCAGUGGCUUUACCAUUUCCAAUCAUGCGUGGCUCUCCAAAUGGUGUUUCAAAGGAGCAUAAAAUCAGGGGUGACCUUCAAGGGUUGGUUUUAACACUGGGAGGACCUACUAGUGGAAAUCCUCAGGUGAAAUAUUGAGGAGGCUAAUAAAAUAAGGUUCAUGUAAAUUUCGGACAUAACCGUACGACGUACUUGAGUGGUUAUCAUGAAUUUCCUGAAUCAAUCGUUAUCUGCAUAAUGUUAUUUGUUUUUCGAUUUGCGGUGUAAUCCUGUCCUCUUCCCAUUGCAUUGGAAGAUUUUUGUUUGAUGAUACUGAUUAAUAAGUUAAUUUCCUCCUAUUUGGUUAUAAGCUAGGAGGACAUGAGCGAGCAUGGAUUCAUUGAACAUGAUCUCUCAUGUCAAAAAGUAACGUGAAAAGACCUUAUAUUUUAUAAAGCGACACACAGUUUUGGGGCAUAAAUCAUAACAAGAGGAAUUUGGAUUGA